AUGCCAAAUUUAGAGGCACCCAUUGGCUACGAUGAAUCUUCACCGGAGAACUCCUACUCCGCUGAGGCGGUUGGUGAUGUACCGACGGUGGGCGAACCAAUGCAGCCGCUGCCAGCUGGCGCUGUGGAAAUACGUGUACAGCCACCGGGCCAGCAACCGCCGACGCCAGCGCAUGUCGGACGACUGCCUGCGUUGAGUCCGAAUCCGGUACGUGUGCGACCGUUGCAACACUUCAGCGCGUUUGACCGUGAAAUUGCCGCAUUGGAGGAGGAGAACUAUUGGCCGGUGGUGCCGGUUGUGCAGAUAGUACCAAUAAACUUGCCGCCACAACUGCCCGAGCCGUCUUUAGAUGAAUUACUGCGUCGUGUCACUGGCCGCAAUGAUUUGCAUAAUGUCGACACUGUGCGACUGCGUGUCAUCUCGUACAGCAUCAGUUUGGCAAGUUUGCCGCUCUUCCUGCCACGCCUACAGCAUCUUGACUUGAGUGGCAGUGUGCUCUGUUCGUUGCGUGAUCUCGGUUAUGGUCUACUGCAUUUGAGCUAUUUGAAUGUGAGUAAUUGUGGGCUGAAUAGUUUUGAUGGCACUAGUGGACUGCCGGCUGUGCGUGUAAUCAUCGCUGAUGGCAAUAUGAUACAGCGUGUAGAUCCACUCACCGAUUUGGUGUUGCUGCAGCGUCUGAGCGUGCAAAAUAAUCGCAUCAGUGAUUUGGGUCUACUCACAUUCUUGGGACUCUGUCCAAAUUUGUUGGAAUUAGAGUUGCAAGGCAAUUCCGUUAUACACAAUCCACUCUAUCGCACCACAUUACAACGCAGUGUGCCCACAUUGCGUGUUUUAGAUGGCAUACCGCUGGGCGAAACGGUGGUCGCACAAGCCACAGUCACGAUUGAACAGUCUAGUGGAAACUCUUCAACAGAUGGCGAGGUUUCAUCGCUCUCGAGUGAGUUGUAUUCAGACUCUUCACGUGCUGAAUCGAAUGCGUCAUCGUUGGCGGUUGUGCCUGCCGCUACGCAUAGACCGGCAACAGCUCCUCAGCCUGCAGCCAGUGAAGCUAGCGUCUCCGAACAGUCUGCAAGACCGGCUUCAGUGUGUCAUUCAGCCGAGUUACGCCGCAGCUCGCUUUCCAUGGGCGCACCAGUCGUGGGCUCCGUGCUUAGUUUGGUUCGUCGCAAUCGUCGCCAGCGUCGUCAGGCUUGGACUACCUCGUCACAUAGUUCCUCAUCAAAUUCAUCUUUACAUUCUCCUCUGGACAGUGAAAGUGCGGAAAAGCGGCUGUCUACAUUACCGCAGCAGUUAUCCAGUGACAGUAAUGACUAA